AUGGCCUCUUCAACCAUGCGCAUGCAGGCUCUCACUUCUGUUUACGAGAACGGGCACGGCGUCAAUGGCCUUGGAGGUGCUCUCCAUUCCAACGCCUCUGUGCCUCACUUCAAGAGUGAUGGCACCUUCACCUUGCUUCCUCCUUUCGUCUCGCCCAAGCAGCGAGCUGGUGACCUCACGGGUGAGCCGUUUGAGCUUCUUCCCACACACGUCCCUCCCUCAGCAAGCUACAUGAGCUCAGCUUGCUUCACCUUCGGGACCAGCACCACUGCCGUCGCCUCUCCCGAGUCCUGGUCUGACCGACUCGACUUCCACGCCCCUCUUUCGACGCCCGACGCCCACGGGAUCCACCCUCUGUUUCCUGAAACAAAGGAACACCCACAGGUAUAUUCAAUUGACCUUCUGGCCUUUGAUUCCAUCUCACUAACCAUCCUUUCCUCUCUCUUCUUCCAGACGAUGCCACCCAUCGUCGCUGACGACAGCCCCCGGGGUCAACCCUGCACUCAGACCGGGGCUACACUCAUGACGUUGGGGCACUUCAAGACAAGUCUGCAGCAAAAGUUCAUCUACAGCGACUAUGUCAAGUCUCUCCGCGAUAUUCGCGCUGAACCCUGCAGCGAUAUCGCCCCCAACGGCUGGUUGAUCGAGGAAGAAUCCCUCGUUAUUGGGGUGGACCCCUCAUAUGUGGUCCCAACCGGAGAUGAUCAGCCCUCGGACGAGCUUGACCUGCAAGAAGGCAAGCUUUUCGUCGUAGAGCAGAUCUUCAGCGACAUGUGGGCGCUGUGCUCGGAGAUUUCCACGAGUAGGCCUCACCAUGGCCGGACCCCCGGCCCACCCAACAAGCUUGCUGGCUUUGGCUUUGUGCCCCUGUGUGCGGUGACCCUCGCCGCCAAUUACGGCACUUUUUUAAAGCGAUGUCGGGAAUACCAGCAACAUCCUGACGAGACCAUCCUGACCCCUGCCAACGGCGGACGUGUCUUGCCUCCUGUGCGCGUUCAGAGCGUACAUGUCAGCCGCGAGAUGGAUUACUGGUCACUCAAGGGACGGCAAUACUUCAAAACCACCAAGGUUCAUGCUGUCUGCCAGAAGUUCCGGCCCAUCGGCAAGAACGACGAUGAAUGGGAGCCCAGGGAUCCCUUUGAUCAUAUCCAAGGCAAGUCCUCGUGUCUGCGGCGGGUCUGGAGAAAGCUCAAGGCCGAAAAGCUCAAUGCCAAUGCCAGCUGGGCUGAGAGAGACUCCGGGCCUCGUCAGGGUGUGCCGAACAAAAAGACGCUGAAGGGGCUUCGCCGCGAUCUAAAUGUCAAGGCUGGGAUUCGGGACCUGUGUGGUUGGAUUCGGGGCCAUUGA